UCAUCUCAAGUCAGCCCCCGCAAGAUGGCAAAGGAAGGCACAACCGGCAAGGUGCUCAAGGAGAAGAAGGAGAAGGCUUCCCCUGUCGAGAAGAAGUCGGGCAAGAAGGAAAAGGACCCGAAUGCGCCAAAGCGCCCUCUGUCGGCCUACAUGUUCUACUCACAGGACAAGCGUACCCAGGUCAAGGAGGACAAUCCAGACGCGUCUUUCGGCGAGCUUGGCAAGAUUCUUGGUGCCCAAUGGAAGGAUCUUGAUGAAUCUGAGAAAAAGCAAUACAAUGACAUGGCGACUCGCGACAAGGAACGCUACACCAAUGCCAAGGCUGCCUAUGAAGGCAAAGCCGAAUAA